UUAAUUGCUACUUUUUUUUAAUUCUUCCAUAAUUAUGUUCUUUGAAACUGGGGAUGGCAAAGAGUGAACCAUUUGCCUCCUCCGUACAAUCCGCACAACCGUGUCAUCACUUCGAAUUUCCUGAAAUUUUGUUAGCAACAGAAAACUUCGCUGAAUCAUUAGUAAUUGGAAGUGGAGGUUUUGGGAACGUUUACAAAGGUAACUUAAUCUAUGGAUCAAGUCUUUUCGUUGCUGCCAUUAAACGUUUGGAUUCAAUGUCCAAUCAAGGGGCAGCGGAGUUCUGGGCAGAAGUUGAAAUGCUUUCUAGGUUACGCCAUUGUAAUCUUGUGUCUUUGAUUGGUUAUUGUAAUUAUGAAAAAGAGAUGAUACUUGUGUAUGAAUAUAUGCACAAUGGAACACUUGAUGAUCAUCUACAUAAACUUCGCACCCCUCUUUCCUGGCUUCAACGGCUCAACAUCUGCAUAGGUGCCAGUCGUGGGUUACACUACUUGCACACCGGCACAGGGAUUACAUCUGGUAUUAUACAUCGCGAUGUCAAGAGUUCUAAUAUUUUAUUACAUGAAAGUUGGGCAGCUAAAAUUUCGGACUUUGGGUUGUCAAAAAUUGGCCCAACGAAUCAACCAUCCACUUAUGUAAACACACUUAUUAAAGGCACUUUUGGGUACUUGGAUCCCAAUUACUUCACAACUGGAAAGCUUACAAGGAAGUCUGAUGUGUACGCUUUUGGGGUGGUUUUGCUGGAAGUGUUGUGUAGGAAGCGUGCAGUGGACAGAAGUCUAGAUGAGGAGGAAUGGGGUUUAGUGACAUGGGUUCAAGAUUCUAUCAAAGAUGGGAACUUAAAGCGUAUAAUUGAUUCGGAUGUAAGGGAUGAAAUAUCGCCCAAAUGUUUGAAGGAAUUUGUUAGUAUUGCAGAGAGGUGUUUACACAACAGUCCAAGACAACGACCUACCAUGGCUGAGGUUUUGGUCGGUCUUGAGUCUGUACUAGUUUUACAAGAGAAAUUCAAUAAAUCACUACAAGCUACAAGUAGAACAAUAUUGAGUAGAAUGGUUAAUGUGCUUCCUUUCAUCUCCAAAGGAGAAAAUUCUGGUGAUUCAAAGUUUUCAAGUAAGAGCAAGGGAAACAAUGGAAUUGCUCAUUUUCAAAGUCCAAGCCCAAAUUUGAAAGUAUUUAAGUUUUCCGAUUUAGAAAAAUCUACGAGAAAGUUUAGUCUAGAUUUGCUCUUGGGCGAGGGAGGUUUUGGAAAGGUGUUCUUAGGUUGGGUUGAGGAGAAUACAUUAGCCCCUUCAAAACAAGGUGUUGGAAUCCCUGUCGCCGUAAAAAGGCUCAAACAAAAAAGCUCUCAAGGACCUGCUCAAUGGCUGGCAGAGGUGAACUUCUUAGGACAUAUGGAUCAUCGUAAUAUCGUUAGACUAUUGGGAUACUGCAAAGAUGAAUCUGAGCACUUGCUUGUCUACGAGUACAUGCCGAACAGAAGUUUUGAUCGCUUUUUAUUCACUGAUAUUGCCAAACGACUUUCAUGGGGAACACGACUUUUGAUAAUGAUAGGAGUUGCUCGUGGGCUAACAUAUUUGCAUUCCGAAAAUGUCAUGUGUCGUGGUUUAAAAAGCGGUGAUAUAUUACUGGAUGAAGAUUAUAAUGCAAAACUAGGGGAUUUCGGAUUGGUGAAGUAUGGCCCCGAAACAGGAGAAACACAUGUUACUACACGUGUUAUGGGAACCUAUGGCUAUGCAGCCCCAGAGUAUAUCUUGACUGGACAUUUGACUACAAAAAGUGACAUCUACGGUUAUGGAAUUGUGUUGUUGGUAAGUAUAACAGGCCGAAGGGCAAUGGAUGUCAGACGACGUGAAGGGCAGCAGAGCUUGGUGGAUUGGGCAAGUUCAAUACAAUCAAACAGAAAAAACUUAAAGGAAAUAAUGGAUCCACGUCUUGAACACAACUACCCUCUACAAGGUGCUUUCGAAUGUGUUGCAUUGGCAUUAAGAUGCGUUGCAAACAAACCCAAAGAUAGACCUUCAAGUGAAGAAGUUUUGCAAAAUUUGGAACAAAUUUAUGCUCAUUACAAGUAAUGGUUUGAAGAGAAUCCAUGGGACCCCAAGUUUUGCAGGGUUUGGAACAAAAUCAUGCUCUACAAGUAAUGGUAUGCAAGCAAGAACCGG